AAAUUGAAUAUAACAAACCUGAACAGGAAACUGAAUCAUCAAUGGUUAAUGAUGAGCAAAGCAUGAAAGAGAUUGAAUAUAACAAACCUGGACCGGAAACCGAAUCAUCAGUGAUAAAUGAUGAACAAAUAUGA